AUGAUGAGUGUGAAUUCUCCCGUCCUUCAAUAUCUUACGCGCUGCAAAAAGGCAGUAGAAACUGUCCAGGAAAUCCUGAAUCAGAUAGCGACUGUGUCAGACCUCAUCUCAGAAACCCCCCAUCCAUGGGUAAAAGAGUGCGAGGGUGCGCUAGAUAUGGUCCUUGAGGAGCUAUCCGAUUCUACAAACGUCCUGUCGCUUGUGAUAGAAGCUGGAUCUUGCUUGGAAAAUCCUUCUGCAAUCAGCCAAGCUGAGGCCGAGAAGAGGAUCUACGAUGAACUGAUGCAGAAUGUGCUGGGAGCUGGAAGUCAGAUGUUCCCGUCCAUCAAACGUCCAACUAUACGCCACGAAAGUUUUACCAUCGAGGAAAUUGAUAUGGUCAAAAACAGUCAAUCUAGCACUGCUGGAAGUAGCACAAUUAUUUGCCCAAGGGCUUGUAUCGAUGCAACAUUCAAAAAAACGAGGAAUAAAGUCAAAUUUUCUUGUCGUUGCAACAACUCACCACAUGAGUCCCAGCUAGACUACAAAGUUUUCCGUGGGAAAAGUUUACUCCGAGAAGAGAUCGGUAUCGAUGGUUCUCGACAAUGGAGUGCCCUUUUGUUGAGCUCGAACAAGCCAGUCAUCGUCAGGCUGUUGAAUGCCCCACCUCUAGGCACUAAUCGUGUUCAAAGCGUGGCAGAUGACAUCGGGAUGGCCUACGUAGCCCAUCAAGAUGACUCUAUCAGCAAACCAUACUUGAAAUUUGAGUCAGGCCGAUUUGAAUGUUUUCAAAAUGACUGGGGGUUCCCUUCGACCAAAGUAGACUCUCUUACAUAUGAGUUGGGAGGAGUUAAGCGUUCUCUAGGGAACCCUUCGAAAGUUAUGCUCAAGCACUACAGCAUGACUCCUAACUUCCUUACGACUGAAUCUCUGAAUAUCCUAGCAUCCAGAUAUCCGCUUCCUGACAGAUACUACCAAAUUAUACUUGAGAAAAAUUCAACUGUCACGGGGGGAAAGAUAGUUCUCGGGACAACCCAGACGCAGAUAUGUCAUGAAGAGAACCCGCUCGGUAGGCUUUUUGUGACAUUAGAAAAUGUGUUUCUGGUUGGAGGUGAGAAGGCAGGUGAAAAGAGAGAAAUGUGUCACGUUCAUUUUGGUUUCGAUGACCGCAGAGAUGCCCAAUGUUUCGCCCACUAUUUGAAUGUCGCUAGGGAGACGUGGUUUGAAAAAUUCAUGCGCGGCCCUCUCCACGAUGAAAAGGUCAUAUACUUUCGCAAUGAGAAGCGUUGUUUCUGCUUUGAAUUCGAAUCUACAGCUUCCGAUGUCAAGGAAAUGAACCUACCGCAAUCCAGGAUCUGGGUUUACGAUCAUGACGAGAACAAUAAGCUCUUCAUCUUUGAGACAGACUGGGACACACUCAAUACACAAGGAGUAAUCAGGCCGAUAAAAAGAAACCCUCACCAUUAG